UAAGAGAUAGCUACAGUGAUCCACCUGAAUCAACAGGAGAGUUUCGUCAGCAAUUCCCAGGUGUAAAUCAUGGUUCAGGUUAUUAAAGACCCGAAUGAGUUGACAGCAUUUUUGAAAGCUGCUGGGCACAAACUUGUAGUGGUGGAAUUUUCAGCAAAAUGGUGUGGUCCCUGCAAAUUGAUGGGUCCUAUUUUUCAUGCAAUGCCUCUGAAAUACAAAAAUGUGAUGUUCGCUAGUGUGGAUGUGGAUGAAUCACAGGAGUUGGCUGAAUUUUGUAACAUCAAAGCAAUACCCACAUUUAAGAUGUUCAAGCAAACCCAAAAGUGCCAUUGCAUCCAGUGAACCCCAAGAAGGACUUAGAAGAUUCAAUAGCAAAUUAUAUCCAGAGCCACGUUUUACUACAGCAAAGAACACAGUAAAAAGAUAUGGCAUCCAGAAAGGAACAACACAGACUUCUGAUAUCUUCCUUGUCUGAAGACACAUGGGGUUGUAGUCUUACUCUCUAGCAAUGAACAUCAGGUAUGUGUAUGGAAUGACUCUUCUGGUGGACACUGCUUUGAACUCAGGGACUGAGGUUUUUAUGACACCGAGGGAUGUUUUUCUUAUAGACGUAACUUGUUACAUUGUCGUUGCUGUAUAACCAACUGUGGCAAUGAAACAUCAGGACCUCAACAAAAAAUUCAAGUGUACCUUGCACAGCAUCAAUAUU